ACCAAAGCCCAUAAAUGUUGAAGACCUGAGGAAAGCCAGCAUUGUAUUCAUUAAACUAGCACAAAGGGAUGCCUUCAAAAAGGAAAUGGAUAUACUGAGCCAUGACAAACUGCCAAAUAAUCAUCCAUUGUUCCAGCUUGACCCAGUGCUACAAGAUGGUGUCCUUAGGGUGGGAGGGAGACUAAAGAAAGCUAACUUAUCUCUGGACUUGAAGCAUCCAGUGAUCCUCCCUAAGGCAGGUGUGGUCACACAUUUAAUCCUGGGUUACUGUCACGAUAAAACUCAGCAUCAAGGAAGAGGGCAGACCCUCAAUGAACUGAGAGCCAAUGGUUACUGGGUCAUUGGUGGCAGCAAAGUCAUAGCCAACUACAUAAAACAAUGUGUUACCUGCAGGAGAGCUCGCAGGCCAACAGAAACACAAAGGAUGGCGGAUCUACCUAUUAAUCCUACUGAACCAUCACCACCCUUCUCAUACUGUGGAAUCGAUUGUUUUGGGCCAUUUCACACCAAACAAGGUCGCAAAGAGCAAAAGAGGUAUGGUCUCAUAUUCACCUGUCUUUCCUCCAGAGCAGUUCACGUUGAAAUGUUGGAUGACUUGACAACUGAUGCAUUUAUAAAUGCCCUACGGUGUUUUAUAGCUAUUUGUAGAGCUGUGAGAGAAAUCAGGUCUGAUCAAGGCUCAAAUUUUGUUGGGGCAAAAAAUGAACUGUCAAGAGCACUAAAGGAAGUAGAUAAAGACAGACUGACUGCUUACCUAGCCCAAAAACAAUGCGACUUCACAAUGAAUGUGCCUGAUGCCAGUCAUAUGGGUGGUAUUUGGGAAAGGCAGAUCAGGACCGUUAGGAGUGUUCUAAGCUGGGUCUUAUCGCAAAGUGCUGGCAGACUAGAUGAUGCUUCUUUAAGAACAUUCUUCUAUGAAGCCAUGUCAAUUAUCAACAGCCGUCCACUGAGCGUCAACACACUUAAUGAUCCAAAAAGCCUAGAGCCCCUUACCCCAAACCAUUUACUUACCAUGAAAGCUUCUGUUCCACUGCCUCCACCAGGAAAAUUUGUAGCAGAAGAUAUGUAUGCCAGGAAAAGGUGGCGCAGGGUACAAUAUCUUACAGAGCAAUUCUGGUGUAGAUGGAGGAGAGAAUAUCUUGCAAAUAUCACCUUCAGACAACGCUGGCAUUCUCCAAAACGGAAUGUGAGGAUUGGAGAUAUUGUUAUUGUCAAAGAGGAAGAGAUUCCACGCAAUGAAUGGAGGCUUGGAAGAGUGUUUGAUGUUUGUAAAGAUGAAGAUGGAUUGGUGCGAAAGGUCACAAUACAAAUAGGAGAUAGAAAGUUAGGAAAGGAGGGUAAAAGACACAAUAUCCUUUCCAUUCUGGAACGUCCUAUCCAUAAGUUAGUUGUACUCAUAGAAAACAACUAAAGUGUGUUUCAUUAGAAAUAAUUUAAACACUCACACAUUGUAGAAUAUUUGAAACGUUAAAUGUAUGUAAGAGUUCGAUAAAUAACUGUUUCUGGUUUGUGGUUCUGGAAUUACUAGAUUUAUUCAAACCUGUGCUUAAAGUUCUCAUAGAUCAAAGUAAUUGGUGGGAGUGUAAAUGUCUGCAAGACAGUUAACUGUUCUUUGUUAUUAAUAUAAGUUGGUUUCAAUGCAUGAAAAUUUAAACAGAGGGUUGGGAGUGUAGUAUGUGAUGUUCAGAGAGUGUGUGCAUGUUUCUUUAAAACUACGUGAUGCACACGUGAUGCUAGUGUUGCGCGGGACUAUGGAAUUAUGGGUCAGAGCGUAGCAAUGACAUGGAUAUGUUAACAUGCUGACAUAAAUAAUUACCAUUUAUCUGCAUGUGGUUCAAAAGGCGCACACGUUUUCACAGUGUCUGAAGGGAGAGCGCGUGAGAGAGUGUAAAUAAAUUCAAACGACAUCAGUACGAUGCGUGGGCAUUAUUUUAUUGAACCAGUGCAGCUACAGUGGUUCAUUUCUCUUCAAGACGUCUCGUUCCAGGUCAAGUACCAAGCGGGAUCCCAGCUCUCCCACAGCUAUACCUUCUGGGCUUACUGACUGCUAGUUGAGGUUCUAAGCUAGGGAGGGGGCCUGUGAUAUGAGUGAAAAAAGCGCUUUUCACCCCUACACCCUCAGUGGACAGAGUGGCCAAAAGCGCACCAAAAUCAGAGCCAAUCAGGAGCGGCAUCUAAACGAAUUUUCGGGAGUAGGCAAGCUAGGGAAGGCUGGUUUAGCUCUGAGAGAGGUAAGCUUUGAUUAAUCUUCGGGAACUAAUGGUGGAUUUUGUUCAGUCCCUCUGUUUCCCCAGAUUUGCUGGAGUGAAGUUCUGGAGCACCAGGCGUCGGGCCAGCAGAGGUGAGUGGGUGAGGUUAGCGUCCCAAGAGAAUGGCGAGGGUUCAGUAACUGCAAACUCAUCUAAUAUACGAGGGAUUCUAAAAGGAAUAAGU